UUAAAAUAGCGCAAUUAGUUGAGACAAUCUAAUGUUACUCUAUCACUCGUAUGAAGUCACACGGUCUGAACCAAAAGAGAUUGCAUUUUGUAAGUAGAUCGGAAAUUACACUUUUAUUAAGCUUAGAUCCUCUCAAGUUUCGUUUCGAAAACAUUAUCCUGGCUGUUUUCCUUCUUAGGUUUAAAUUCUCUUUGCCCUGUUCGUGGAUCAAAGGACAGCCUGCAUACAGAAUAGGAUGCUGUUCCUGGGUUUUCUUUUGCUGCCUUUCCUGGGUUCAUGUUUCUCAGAGGAAGUUUGGAAUCCAACCGACCCAAGAUGCGAAGAGCGAAGACAAGAGGUCAAACAAGCUUGGAAUGAUUAUUAUCUGGGACAAGCCUACAGUUGGAUAGACCGAUACGGUAGUAAAAGUACUUACAAUGUCCGAUCGCUGUAUGAAUCGACAAUUGAAGGCGUUUUAAAGAAAGGCUGUGAUGAUUACGAAGCGAACAAAAAAACUAGCGAUUAUAGAUGCUGGUCCAAGGAGUUCCUGUGUGCUGCGAAAGAAGUCGUCAGGAAAACUGUUGACAGUCAUAUCAUGAAGAAAGGCAAUCUUCGACACAAUUGGUACGGCUGGUUUAGAGCACCAUGGGGCCAACAGCCUGAUGUUCGAGAACAGGAGAUUAACUGGGUUACGAAAAUACGAUGGAAUGACCCCAGACUUCUCUACUGGGCCAAAACUGAUCUUGAACAACUUGGUAAAGAAAUGCUCGACCGAAUCUUCUACUACAUUGAAACGAACGAUAUCGAUAGCUUAGAAAAACUUUUUAACCACUACAAGUCUAGCGGCACGAUGGAUCUUAUGAAAGAACAGUGCGAAAGCAUGGACAGGGACGAUACCAAAAUGCAAUGUAAGUUAGCAGUAGUCUUUGAUAGGUUAGCAGAGUUGAUGAUAGAUCAUGAAAAUAUACCAUGGGAUCCCAGCCCUGACGGGGAAGAGGGGCCCCCUAGAGUCAGGGAGGAACUAUCUAUGUUGUAUCUUCUCCAGCCUAAAGUCUAUGAAAUCCUAAACAUUGCGUCCAACGCCAGAAAUAAGACCCUCUGUCACCGGUUAAUGACAAUGUUCCAAAGUGUCUAUGAUAAUGCCCUAAAUCAGGAUGGCAACAAAAUUAAGGACCAUUUCGGUGAAUUCGGCUCCAUUUCUGCAAGUAUGAAACUCGAAUGUACAGACACCUACAAAAAUGAUUUUGAGCAACUCACGUGCUACUUGGCUGAGACGUUUGUACGUAUGGAAAAACUAAGGAGUGUCUUAGGGCCAAAUUAUGACAACUGGCAGUCGAGUGAAUCGCAAAGCAUGCGAGCUGUUGUUCUAGUUUGGCUUUUAUUGGCACCUAAAGGCAAUUUCUAUGUCAAAGCCGAUGCACUUAAGACAGCUCAGACUGCGAAAGAGUUGCUGAAAAUCAUGUAUAACAAAAUCCGAGAAAAUGACCUCACCGGCCUUCAAGAUAUUGCCGAUUUAGUCCCCAACGAGAAUCAAAUGGGACUGACCAGUAGUGAUGAAUGUGCCCCCAGUUUUGAAAAAAUUAGUAGGAGCAUGGAAUGCGGUUUUAAGAUCCCCAAGGAGAACGUUGCAGUUUUUCUUGACCAGUACAGCAGCAGGGAUCGUAGAACAAAAAGUCUGGAUCUGAGCGUCGAUCAUAAAACCCGGUUAACCCAGUUUCAAAUUUCUAGCAUCAAAGGUGCAGUUGAAAAUACCAAGCUAGAGCUGCAAAGCUCGCUGGAAAAGUUCACUGGAGAGAUAAAGAAAUAUUUCAAGGCGUCAAUAGGCAGUCGUUUCGCACAUUUGCGUGAUUAUUUCACAAAGGUUGCCAAGUUUGACAAAGCAAUUGCCCGGGCAGAUACAAUUUUCAUAACCGGCAAAUUGGACGAAUUCAAAAAGACGGCAGCAGAACUUCAGAAAAAACUAGAAUAUGAUACUUCUAAGCUGCAAAUGGAGGGUACUAUAAUCGAAUCUAUUGAUGCUACUUUUAUGUGGUUAAAAGUCAUUGGUUCGGGUAUUUCGGCAAUAAUGGGGGUCAUGGGGGGAGACUUUGGCGGCUUCGCGGACACGGCUGAUCGUAUCGAUGCCGCCGCCAGGGCAACGCUCGAGGCAGUCAAGGGCGGUGCAAUUCGUGAGCAAAUAACAAUAGCCACAGACAAGUUCAGGAUAAUUGGAGAAGGAUUUCAGAAAAAUAGAGUUCACUUAGAAAAUACCAAGAAAAUCAUUGCUAAGCUCGAGGCGGAAGAAACUAGUAGUGAUGAAUUUAAGAAAAUACAAAAAGAAUUUCUGACGAGCUAUAACGACUACACACCGCAGGUCUCAGAAGCUCAAAUAGCUGAGCUAGACGCUGCCUGGAACGCAGUAGUCGAUAAUUUGGAAACCUUAAUAGAUUCCGUGGAGACAAAAGAGGCCAUUGCUGGUGCAACGUACAUCUUCGUAGGAAAUCACCUUUUUAAACUCAAAAUCGCUGUACCUCAACUUGCGCAAACCCUUAGCAAUCGGUUUGAUUACCAAUUUGAAUUGAUGGACAGUUUGACGGCAACGGUCCGGGCAUAUACAUCGAUGCAAGCGGCAAAAGGUCUAGAGCAAGGCUUCCAGGAUUUGGAGCGACAGCUAGCGGAGUCCGCUGAAGCUCAGCUUGCGCUCGAACAAAUGGCUUUAUCCACAUAUGUAAUAUCUCAGUUCCAUUUACUUCUCAUCCUAUCUCAGUAUUGUAACUAUGUGACCUAUGUCAACGCAGGGAUAGAGUCCUAUCAAUGCACCAACGCCUUAAGUACAAUGGAUACCAACCAUAUUGACGAGGCACUAAGUUAUAACCCUCCUUCUUGCGACGUAGUUAAAGUUGACUUGAAAAUUCCCACAAGUGAUUCAGGCAGAGCCGAUAGCAUCAAUCUCAAUCAGAUAAAUUCAGGGGAGCCGGUUGCUUUUCAAAUUCCCAACUUUGAGUGGUUGAAGCUUAACGGCCAGGUCUCCUCCAGCGAUGAAGACAGUGCCCUUUUUGUUAAGCUUUUUGAGGUCUAUCUCAUUACAAAUGAUAGCUACCAGUUAAGCAGAAACCUACGGGUAGAAGUCACCCCUGCGGGGUCUGCCCCAAUUUAUCCCAUUUCAGGACAAGUGAAAUACGAAUUGCGGCCCCGCUCACGAACACAGUAUGUCUUUGAAUACAAAGAAAAUUAUAGGGGCAACUGCGACUCGGAGAAAAACCCUUACCUUGUCUGCUCCCCAGGACCUAAAGGUAUUUGUGUUCAAAGCAGGGGGGAGCUCAACAAUAAUUUGGGUGCUUAUCCAUCAAUCUACAGUCCUUGGCUUAUAAAACUGGACCAAAACAUUGGCAAUGCCCCUAAACCUGCUCCGGAAACCAAAUUGUAUCUCCAAGCUAAGCUUCAACUAUGCAGAAAGAGGAAAGAUUCAAACAUUAGGGCCAGUCAGGGAAGAAAACGCUCCUUGAAAAAGGCCAAAAAGCAUAAGCACCAUGCAGUUAGGGACUCAGGUGUCCCGGCUUGUCCCGUGGGGAAAUAUUUCAAUCAAGAGUCAGGGCUAUUCGCGGCUUGUAGUGUUGACUCUACCCCGCAGCAUUAUGGGUAUUAUUGUGAAGUGAACAGUCAGUAGUGUUGCGUCAUUGCGUGUCAGAAAGUUAGUAUGGCUGUGCUACGGAUAAAGUAAGUGCAAAUUAAAUAUACUGCAUAAUGUAGCUUUAGAGCAUAUGGUGCAUUAAUUAAAAUGUGGUAUGCGGCAGGUGCAAAUAAAUAAAAGAAAACAGAGGAACUCGAAACCAUUUGCUUAGUUAUUGGACUUGGUUGAUGUACCGCGUAGGCGGGCCCCAUUUCUUUGGAGCCAGAAUAAUUGACGUCUUACUUCCCUUAGUGAUAUAUUGAUGGAUCAAAUGGUUAAAAAGAAAAUUAGAAGAAUAAAUAAAAUUUUCGCGAUUUUGUGUUAGAUUUUCAAACGUUUAUUAAAUAAGGCGUAAUUACAGCUAGCAGUUAGGGACCAGUCAAUAAUUAGAGAGUAUGAUGGGGUUGGUGUAUGGGUGGGAAUGCCGGCUAUUAUUGUCCCCCUCAUCCAUUGUGCAAUGUUUUUUU